CUCGGACGGCAGCAGUUCCUCGUUGCCGGGUUUGGCUGUUGACUGUUGGAGCCGUUGCUGUUUGAAGAGCGGGAGCGGCUGGCGUGAGGGGCGGGGAGUGACCUAGUCACUGGACGCUCUGUGUUCAUGGGACUGGUAGGUCGGUCCUAGGCAGGUACCCUAAUCCGGCUUGCUCGUUAGUCAUUGCAAGCUGCCCUGUUUGUUGCCUUUCACAGUGCCACUGUGGAAGGAAUUGAGUCGAAAUGUCGCCAGAAGUUGCCUUAAAUAGAAUUUCCCCUGCACUUCGUCCCUUUAUCUCCAGUGUCGUUCGAAAUGGAAAAAUUGGCUUAGAUGCUACAAACAAUCUGAAAAUAACUGACCUUAAAUCUGGGUGUACAUCACUAACACCUGGACCCUGUUGUGACAGGUUUAAACUGCAUAUUCCAUAUGCUGGAGAAACCCUAAAAUGGGACAUUAUUUUCAACUGUCACUACCCAGAUCUGCCUCCAGAUUUCAUCUUUGGAGAAGAUGUGGAUUUUCUGCCGGAACCCACAAUGCUGCAUCAUCUGAACGACUGGAACUCCCAGAAUCCAGACUGUCUUCUGCUUGUAAUUAAAGAACUGGUGCAGCAGUACCACAAAUACCAAUGUGAUCGACUCCACGAGAGCUCACGUCUUAUGUUUGAAUAUACAGCACUGCAGGAGGGUCCGGAAUUUGGAGACAACAUGGAAAUCUAUGCAGGAAGAAAGAAUAACUGGACUGGUGAAUUUUCUGCCCGUUUCCUUUUGAAGCUCCCAGUGGAUUUCAGCAACAUACCAACAUACCUUCUCAAGGACACAGUAAUAGACCCAGGAGAAGAUGUUGCUCUCCUUUCUGUCAGUUUUGAGGAUACUGAAGCUACUCAGGUGUUUCCUAAACUGUACCUGUCUCCAAGGAUUGAACAUUCUUUUGGGGGUAAUUCAAGCCUACAUUUGCCCCCCUAUCCCCUUAUUAGCCCUCUCUACGACCCUACUUGUUUGAUUUGCCAGGAUAUUGUAAGUAAAGUGCAGUACAUCAUUCAGGGUUACCACAGACGAAGAGAGUACAUUGCAGCCUUUCUAAGUCACUUUGGAACAGGUGUUGUGGAAUACGAUGCUGAAGGAUUCACCAAGCUUACGUUAUUAUUAAUGUGGAAGGACUUUUGUUUUUUAGUUCAUAUCGAUUUGCCCCUAUAUUUUCCACGGGAUCAACCCACGUUGACGUUCCAGUCGGUGUAUCAUUUUACCAACAGUGGACAACUCUAUCAACAGAUACAGAAAUCUUACCCAUACAGUCCUCGCUGGGAUGGCAAUGAGAUGGCUAAAAGAGCAAAGGCAUACUUCAAAACAUAUGUUCCUCAGUUCCAAGAGGCAGCUUUCGCUAAUGGGAAAUUAUAGUUGACACCAGAAUCCAGAAGGAAACCAAUCAGACAGAUGUAUUUGUUUAUUUCCAAAGUCCAUUGCAUUUUUUAAUUCUUCCUCCUGUGUGCUGAAUUCCAACUGUAAGGACAUUGAUUUUCACUUGGCUGCAAUUCAUUGGAGUGUGCCUAUAGAUAAAUUAAGGUAUUUUCCUAAUUGUUCAGUGAACAUAAACCAACUUAGUUCUGUGUUCCAAAUAACAUGAAAUGUUGUGAAUGAGUGAGAAAAUUGUUCCAAGUUGCAAUAAAUAUUCCCAUUGCAAUGCUUAAA